AUGGCUCCUCCACCCUCCAAUUCCCCCGAACGCGUCGCAACCAUCAUGCUGUCAUGGCACUCCCUCGAACUCGUCUCCUGCAGCACCUUACAAUCACUGUGGGCAGGAUACGGAAAAAUCUGUGCAAUUACCGCUCGAGCAACCACGAAAGACGCAGCUCGGAAUCUCGAUAAGCUUUGCGGGCUGGAAUCCGGUGUCGUGGGGACCACAUACCCUCUCGUCCUCAAGCUCAUAUCACCACCAAGGAAUGGCGGUAGCGAUGAGGACGAGGGACACCUGCGGAAAAUGCUGAGCUACGAGGUGGAGCAGUAUUUCUACAGUGAUGUGGUCCCAUUGCUGGGGGACGAUAUCGCUGUUGCCAAAUGCCUUGCCUCGACGCGUGGUAUGAAUGGCAAGGGUGAGGGGGAGGAGGAGGAGCUCAGAGGUCUGAUGGCAACUAUUAUGGUCGAUCUGCGGCCAAAGUUUCCCGUCGUCGGAGGAAAGAGGAGCGCGCUGAACUGCACCCAAGUACACGGGGCACUAGACUGGCUGGCCAGAUUUCAUGGCCGGUCAUUGGGAUUGAGGCCGGAUAGUCUUGACGACUAUGUCUUGCCACCUCUUGAAGAAGGCAGUAGAAGACAGAGCCCAGGAAAGAUUGGGAGUGGACUUUGGCUCAACGGGGGAUAUACAUAUCUUGCGACACGACGUAAAGAAUAUGCUUCUCUCGCCGAGGAUGACUCGGAGUGGACAGAAGCCCUGUGCAGCAGCUUUAAAGGCUCCUCACUGUCCGUAGCUGAGAUGGCUGCACUGUUCCUAACCCCGUGUGGAAGGCCGAUUGAGUCGUAUAUCCAUGGCGACGUCAAGUCAGAGAAUCUUUUCACGACUACUAACGGAGAAGGUGUGGCGUUCUUCGAUUUUCAAUAUGUCGGACUAGGUCUCGGGGUGUGUGACCUCGCCAAGCUUUUCACCUGCUCGGUUCCUCUGCAUAUGCUUGUUGAUAAGCAUUUACUUGAGCAACUGACCAUGGGUGAUGGCGAAAGGCAACUGCUAAAGCGAUACCACGCUACCCUUACCCAAGGCAACCCGGGUCUGUAUGAAUGGGAAUCCUUUGAAAGACACUGGGAGACAGCCCUGGUCGACUGGUGUAGAUUCCAGGCUUCCUGGGGAUUUUGGGGAAACACCGAGUGGCUUGAGGCUCGGGUAAGAUCCAUCCUGAGCGACCAAAAGUGGAGAGACUGGCUAUUUCAGAACACCAGUAACCGGACUCUUUAA